GCAUCUGUCUCACACUGACUGUGACCAACAGAUACAAAACUGAUAUUUAUUCAAAAAGGGAAUCAUGGAAUCAUUCUUGAUCAGUAGCCAUUCUGACGCCAAAGCAGUAGCAGUAACAACUCUCAGCUCGGUUUUCUACGACGCAUCAUCGUUCAGAUACCAUCGCCACACGUGCUUGUAACAACGGUCCAGCCAAGACUGGCAGAUUUGAACUCUCCAACACCAACAUGGCGGGCAGAUACUGGCGCCGUAGUAUUUCUUUGCUGGCAUUCGGCAUCUUUUGCGUCCUGAGUAGUACUACGACAGCCCAGCAAAACGGAAAAUGCAGCUCCAAUGGAGGCGAGUGCGUCCCCAGAGACGAAGUGGAAACUGGUUGUAAGCGUUCGCCGUUCCGCUGUCCGCCAGGGUCUGUCUGCUGCCUGACAACAGGACCCCAAUCGAGGCAGGGUAGUCCACCCAAGCAAGUCGGCCCGAAGCGGAAGUGCGUCAAACGUAAGCCCUGCACCCUCGAGAUGGGCAUCUGCGUACCAGUGAAAAAAAACACCUGUACUACGGGAACUGACGACACCCUGUGUAAAGGGGCGAGCUGCACCUGUUGCCUAGACGUAUUGGAUUGCAAGCAAGUGAAAAAGUGCACGAAAAAGGGAGGCCAUUGCAUGAAAGUGACCGAAGCCUCCUCCACUUGUGCAGGGAAUACUGAUGCUCGUCUGUGCAAAGGAUCGAAAUGUACUUGCUGCUUGUCGGGGUCUUGUCAGUGCGGCCGAGCCAACGAACCUCGAAUCGUGGGAGGGCAGGUGGUGACACCCGAACACAAGUAUCCUUGGCUGACCAGCAUUUAUAGGGACAAUGGAGACACCUUCAUCUGUGGAGCCAGCGUUAUCGAUGACCGCCACAUCCUCACAGCGGCCCACUGCAUGUUCAGAGACCAAGACCAAGUCUAUCCCCUCUCGCGCGACGAAGUCCGAGUAGGGUUAGCGGACCACAACUUAAUCUCGACGGCGGACGACAUCCCCGGUGUAACUAAGAAAGUUGAAAUCGAAGACUAUGUAGUUCACGAGCAAUACGACAGUACCACUAGCGAGAAUGAUAUUGCCAUUAUCACACUGAAGGAGCCUUUAACCUUGACAGCCGACGGUCCUAUCAGACCCAUUUGCCUUCCGGCAGACGACAGCAAGACUUACGAGGGAGACAACGGCAUCGUCGCGGGAUGGGGCAAGUUGCAGUCUACCGAUCCAGCUGGAACCAACGUGCCAUACGAGGUCUCUGUCCCAAUCCUUAGUCCUGCUUGCCCAGGGGAAUUCCCGAGUGAUUACGUCAUCACACAGAACAACAUCUGCGCCGGACUGGUCGAGGGAGGGAAAGACUCCUGCCAGGGGGACUCAGGAGGUCCCCUCGUUGUGUUGGAGGGCCAGACUUACACUCAGGUGGGAGUCGUGUCCUUCGGCGACGGAUGUGCCAAACCGAACAGUCCGGGAAUCUACACGAGGACCAGCAAGUACCUGGAUUGGAUCAAGAGUAAAACACAGGGCGGCAGAGUGUGUCCACCGGCCGUUUAAAGACGCUCACUGAUAUUAUCUCGUCUCUGGAAACCUGGCUUCCUCUGAACUCUAGUCUUAUACUUUCUGACUUGCUUGUGCUUGAGCUCGUAGUUAGGCUAUAAUUUUGAAAGUUCCUUUGUUCUAUCAUUAAGAUAUUAUAAUUAUUCAAAAGAAAGGGAUUACUAUGAGAUUCAGAGCCUUUGUCUAAUGUAUGGUUUCUAAACUAUACGUGACAUAAACAUAUGUUUGAAAUUCUGAGUGAAUAUUCGUACCUUGUCAAGGCUUCAAGAAUGGCGGCUAUGAUAAGUCAUUGUCAACGUGGUUGCAAGACAGCUUUUGUGAUUCGACCUGCACAAUUGUUUACAAGUGAGGAGGCCCGGGGCAAACCCUACGUAAGCUUGAACGGGUAAAUGAAUAAUAGGGCCCUUUUUUUGGGUAAGGAGUACAUCCGGACAUCCAAGGCUACCAAGUUCUCGUCAUUUGUUGAUUUUCAAAAGGUGCAGAAAAUGAUCAAAGGAGUUACGACGAAUGCCGAUGUUUUCUUCACUUUCUUAAUUGAUUUUUAACUGUAUAAUUUUUCAAUGGAGAAAUGGUGAUAGAAAUAAUUUUUCGGAUUACAUGUAGAUACCCUUUUCUUCUUCAAGGAAUUUAGCACUCGACCUCAUGACACAAAUCAUAUAUACUUCUACUACUACUACAAAGUGUGAACAAGGAGUAUUGGUUGUAUUUUAUUGUUGCUAGAGAUUGAGACUUUUUCACGAAUAGCCAAUUAUCCAUCGAGAAGGAGGCAAGUUAAUGACUGUCAUAAGUUACGUCAUUAUAUCUUUGUCAGGUACGAUGGUAAAAUCUUAUUCCGGAAAAAAAACAUCGGGAAUUCGGCUGUGAAUCUCAUAGUAGUCAUUAGCGGUUUCUAAAGAAGUUUAAUUUUGAAUUUAACAUUGAACACGACAGUACAAAAUACAAUAAGUUUUUUCCUGUUAAAUUAAUUUUUUUUAAAAUUUGGCCUAAAGAGUUAAUAUAUCAUUAAAAUACAUAAUAGUUACAUGAUUUAAAAGUAAAUAAUAGCUGAAAGCAAAAUAACAAGAUAAAUAUAUAUGAACAUACGUAUUUAUUUACAUUCUGUCUGACCCAUUCUGUUCAAUGUAAACUUGCCGACAUUUUUGAAUGACUUGUCCUUUUCUUCCAUGUGUUUCGUGUGAUUCCAAUUGGAGGAUAUAUUGCACUAUAGUAAUAAAGGUUGCACUGCAUAUAAAA